GUGCACGCCGCCCUGCCCGCCGCUGCCGGGACAAUGGCGGGGUCCUCGGUGGCAUCCUCGGCGGCCCCGGGCUCGGGUCCCCGCGCGGCAGGGCCAGGGCCGGGCGCACGCUUGGGCGCAGGGACUCAGCCUCCACGCGCGAGCGUCCCCACCGGGCCCGCGAUGGCGCGACAUCGCCACCAACUUUCCCGGCUCCCGCGGCCCGGCUCCGCCGCGGGCUCCUUAAGGUGGCACAGGGCUGCCCGGGCUCCGGGGCGCACUCCUUCCCCGCCGCCGCGCCCGCGCGCCAGUCCUCCUUAAGAGCGAGCACGUGGGCAGGGGCCGCGGCCCCGCGACUGCCCCGGGCGUCGGCGGACACGCGCCGCGGCGGCCGUGGGCGAGUCCGUGUGGAUGCUCCCCGCCGGCCCGAGGCGCCUCCAUCCCGCCCGCACACCUUGGCGCCUCCCAGUCUCCGGACCCCAGGGACGCCCACGGCUAGCCGCCUGCGCGCUGGUCCCCCUUAAGAAGCGCUGACUGUACGGCGGCGCCAGAGGGCCAAACUCGAUUAGAUUUCGGGAAACGCGCUCAGGGCCAAGCUGGAAACCUGGGAUCCGCGCGCGGACCACGAAGAGCCGCGUCGCCAACAGCACCAGGUACCCUGUGCCACUCGCUAGAACGACCCCGGCGCACCCGAGGGGCGCCGUACCCGCGGCUUGGGAGGCGUCGGAGCCUCAGGAAGAAGAGGGGUCCCGGGAAGGAACCCGGCUCCGGACCCCAGGGAAGUCCGCGCCGGACCGCCCCCCCCCCCCCCCGCCUCAAGGAGCGCGCGCGAGCCAGGAGGCGAUCGAAGCCCGGCGGAGGACGAGGAAGCUGGCCGGAAGGGCCCCAGGCCGUAGGGUAGGGGCCCCUGGGGUCUGGGCCGGACUCCUCCGGUUCUCCUCCCAAACUGCGCCGCCCCGCCCCCACUCCGCCGUCUGGGCGCGGGAGGCCGUGGACCGCGCACCUGGCCGCGCACCACACCCCGGGCCGCCCGGACCCCGCCGCAGGCGCCGUCUGAAAACUUCUUAAAGCCUGUGCUCCGCAGAAACGAGAAGGGGAGCCGCCCGCCGCGGCACUGCGUGUCCUCAGCCUCCGCCGGCCUCGCGAGGCCGGGUCCUCACCUCGCCCACUCGGAUCCAAGGCCGGGACCGCGAGGGUCGCUGCUGAUCGCGCGCACUGCUUCUGGGCGUGCAGAGCGCCCGCCAGCAUCUAUCCUGUUUGAUUCGUCACUAUUAUUAUAUCUGAUGAUGCGAAGGCUGGAACGCUCAACCCGAAGUCAUUAAUGAGCUAUUUUAUCAACACCGCUGUGGGGAUCUUCAUUUACAUUCGCCCAGGAUCGCGGCGCUCACCUCCCGGCUCUCGUCAACAGCGCGGGUGCGGGACUUCGUCCGUCAGCGCUCUUACAACACCAUGGGCGCACUGUUAAUCGCUUAAUACUUUAUAAAGUGCCUCUUCCUUUCUCUGUGGCCUGCACUCCUAACUCAACUCGUAAUGACCACGUUGCUUGAUUUCUCCCUGUGGACACUGAGGUUUCAUGGCCCUGGCUCUGCACCCGGUGGACACUGUCUCGGAUGCCUGCCCAGGACCUCGAAGGACUGGCGUGGGAUCGAAGGGCCCAGCACGGACACCCGGCCUGGGAAGGCCCAGCGAAUCCCCAGCUCCACAGCUCCCAGGUUCGUGUCCAGGCGUUGUGCCCUCUACACCCUGGACAACACGCGGGCACCCCUCGGGGACAGGGACAGUCAGCGGCAUUGUCAGCCUUGGAAGGAUUCCAGGCGUGGCCUGGGCCUGCCCAGCCUAGUCUGCCUGGCGGGGGGGGGGGGGGGGGGUGGUCACUGCCUGGCAGGGGGUCACUGUCCCCAAAAGCCUACCAGCUCUGAGGCCUAGGCCAGUUCGCCCAGGGCUGUCAUGGAGAGGGGAGGCCAGCACUUCCAGGCCCACUGCUCAGGGCGCUGACCCAGGCUGGGGACAGGCCCUGGGACGCAGGUCUCUGCUGCCCCAGCCCCUCCCGACUGGAUUCGGGGAUACUUACUCGCCAUGGCAUCCGCGCACCUUCUGCGCACACGGCCCAGCAGAUCCACGCCGGCGACCCUUCCCGCUGGCCCGGCCUGCACGGGAUGGGGACACCGCAGGGGCGGCGGAUGGGGCGGCGGCGGUCCGCGCGGGGCGGGGACGCCCACGUGCAGAGCUCACGGGGGAGGGAGCCUGGCUCUAGCGGGGACAGCGGCAGCGACCCCCGCGCUCCAGCCCUUUGGCUGUCUUGCGGGGUCUCCUGAGCACCGGGUGGGCUCUGCGGCCGGGCCCCGCGGGCGGGUUUCUGCGUGGACGCCGCGUGCCAACGCCGCGGGAGCAGAAGGGCCGGGCCGGGCCCGGGGCGCGGGGCGGGAUCCUGCGGGGCUGGCACGGCCCGGCCAGGGACCAGGGCCUCGCCGCAGGUUGGGUCCCCACCCUACCAGGGCACUCAGGGGCCGCCCGCCCGCGUCCUCUCGCGACAGCGCCACCGCGUGGGCUGCGCGCCACCUGCGGCCCCGGUGCUGCGGGCCGGGUCCCGGAGCGGAGGCUGCUCCAGGCGUCCCUCCCUCCAUGCGAACCCGCGAUCGAGCGCGCUGUCCCGGCCCUGCCCAGGAGCGGCCCCGGGAGGCCCGGCGCGGCCUCCCUGCGCUCCCAGCCGCAGGACCAGCGCUCCUGGCCCCAGCCGCUCCCUGGAGACCGAGGGACCCUCGGGAACCUGGCCGGCGGGGGUCAGCCCGUCCCGGCGUGGCGAAGACAGAGUCGGCCGCUCUCGGGCGCUCUGGGCUGCGCGAAGCCCGGGGCCGCCUUGGUCGCGAGGCUGCCGCGCUGAGCUCCGGGUGGCGGUGACCACAAGGCCCCCUUCCCGCCCCAGCCUCGCAGACCUGGGAGCCCCCGGGACUCGGGCCUUCCCGGUGGGUGGGGCCCGUGAGAACAAAGCCAACUCCCGUCUUUCCUUUGCGGCCCACCCGCUCUCCCGCCCCAAGGUGGAGCCUGGCCCACGCCACUCGGGACGAGCGGCGCUGCGGCCAAGAGCACAGCCUCAUGACCCACGCAGACCUCGUCGUUCGGAAAGCCCGACACUCCUUAAAGCCAGUGCCCCUUAGCCCUUAGAGGUUCGGGCUGUCCCAGCGCCCGGCCAAUGCUGCCCUGCCUGCGCUCACCUCUGUGGCCAGUGGCUCCGCUGGCCCUGCCUGGCCUGGGGCGGCGGUCAGGUCAGCGCGGGCACCCGGAGAGCCGCCCAGGGCACCCGCCUGCCCGCAGCGUCGCCUCCACUCGGGCUGAUUCAAGAAACUAAUAAGGCCAGAAAAAUUUAUGAGGGGAGCUUUUCCUUUUAGUAUCAAUAAAGCCUAGUAAUUGGGUUUGUUGGUUACCUGAGUUAGUCUCUCUCCCUCUCCCUCUCUGCAAUGUUUUCAAAAAAUGGCAAGUGUAUGUACCUUUCUGUGGGGUUGUGUUUGUUUCAAAAGUCUGCCUAGAGAACGAUAAUCGUAGCUCCACGAGUGAAGAGUUUUGAAAGGUGAACGGUUGUUAUUUAAGAGGGAAAAAAUGUUGACAAUCGAAAGAGAAACAAUAUAAGAGGCAAUUUAAAGAUUUUCCCACUGGCUAUGAUAGAGAGAAAUCCACCUUGUUUACUUAAUAGUUUUCAUUUUAAUUUAAGUUUCACUGUAUUCUGACUCAUGGAAGGUAGGGAUAUGUGUGUUGUUUUCAGUAUAAGCUUCUAUAUUGUGAUACAUUCUAAAUAUUUAUUUUUAUUUUCUAAUCUUUUUUCAAAGCAUGUUGAUAGGAAAGAAUUUUUCCAUCUGGGAACCAAGCCCCAAUUUAAAAAUUAAAAAGACCUUUUAUGAACAA